UCGCGCUGAAGGAGUGCGCUGUACGCGCCGGUCUACGGAAAACAGUCAUUCUCCAUCCUUUCUCUCUCUCUCUCUCUCUCUCUCUCUCCUCCUGUUUCCUCUCAUUCACUCCUUCCUGAAGCCGGUGGCCAGUGCAGUCCGAGCGCCGCCGCGACCAAGGGCUUUUUUCGCAGGUUCGGGUGGAUGAUGUCUGGAUCCAGAAAAGAGUUUGACGUGAAGCAGAUCUUGCGGAUCCGGUGGAGGUGGUUCGGCCACCCCGCGUCUCCGCCGCCCCACAGCCCGGCGCAGGGGGACUUUUUCAGCGGACGAAAUGCGGGGGCUUCGGCGGACAGCACGUCCAGCGGUGCAACAUCUGGCGGCGGCGGUAACAUCAGCUGCGGCACCGGCGACGUUGGAUCCUGUAUCAAUAGCAGCGAUAACAGAAAGUUUCUGGGCACGUCGGACCAUCCCGUGUCCUUGUCAGCGGCUGCCUCUGUUUGCCUCCGAUCAUUCAGCGAAGGGGACUGCCGUAGCUCUCCGCCACCGCCCUGGGCUUGCCCCCAGCCCGAAGUGCCGGGUGUGGAGCCCGUCGACCAGGGCUGUGCGACGACCCGGCAGCAUCAGCCGGAGGGAGCGGCGGCGGAGGCAGUCGCGGAAAGUGAGGAGGAGAACAUUAACGUGGACUCUGAGUCCAGUUCUUACAGGAGCUCCAACAGCAGCCAGACCCUGUCCUCCAGCCAGACGGCGGAGCCGUGUGUCCCAGAGGAGCUCUUUCAGUCCCUUAGUCACGCGGAGCACACCUUCCACAAGAUGGAGACCUACCUGAGGCACAAGCAGCUGUGCGAUGUGGUGCUGCUGGCCGGAGACCGUAGGAUACCUGCCCACAGACUAGUCCUCUCCUCUGUGUCGGACUACUUUGGCGCCAUGUUCACCAGCAACGUCAGGGAAGCCAAACAGGAGGAGGUGAAGAUGGAGGGCGUUGACCCUGAUGCAUUAUGGGCGCUCGUGCAAUAUGCGUACACUGGCCGCCUGGAGCUGCGCGAGGACACGGUGGAGAGCCUGCUGGCCGCAUCCUGCCUGCUGCAGCUGUCCGCUGUCGUACAGGCCUGCUGCAGCUUCCUGGUCAAGCAGCUGCAUCCCUCCAACUGCCUGGGCAUUCGCUCCUUUGCUGACGCGCAGGGCUGCCAGGACCUUCUCAAGGUGGCACACAACUACGCUAUGGAACACUUCCUGGAGGUGACCGUCCACCCAGAGUUCCUGCUGCUGCCCCCCGGUGACGUCGAGAGGCUGCUUUCGUCGGACGACGUCAACGUGCCGGAUGAGGAGGCGGUGGUGGGGGCCCUGCUCAGCUGGGUGCGGCAUGACUGCGCCUCCCGCAGGUGCCACCUGCCACGGCUGCUGGCCCACGUCCGCCUGCCCCUGCUGACGCCGCAGUACCUCGCAGACCUGGAGGGUGACCCCCUGCUGCUACACAACGCAGACUGCCAGCGCCUCCUCAUGGAGGCAAUGAAGUUCCAUCUGUUGCCCGAGCGCCGAUUGCUGCUGCAGAGCCCGCGCACGCGGCCCCGCAAGGCCACCGUGGGGGCACUGUUCGCCGUGGGUGGCAUGGACGCCACCAAAGGUGCCACCACCAUCGAGCAGUACUGCACGCGGCGGGACUCCUGGCGGCAGGUGGCGGUCAUGAGCGGCCGGCGGCUGCAGUUUGGUGUGGCGGUGCUGGAGGAGCGCCUCUACGUGGUGGGGGGCCGCGACGGCCUCAAGACCCUCAACACCGUGGAGUGCUACAACCCCCGCAGCAAGAGCUGGAGCGCCAUGCCGCCUAUGGCUACCAACCGGCAUGGCGUAGGCGUGGCCGUGCUGGAGGGCCCCAUGUACGCCGUUGGGGGGCAUGACGGCUGGAGCUACCUGAGCUCGGUGGAGCGCUGGGACCCCCAGACCCGGCAGUGGAGUUUUGUGGCCAGCAUGGCAACCCCACGCAGCACUGUGGGCGUGGCUGUGCUCGGCAGCAAGCUGUACGCUGUGGGCGGCCGUGACGGCAGCGCCUGCCUGAGUUCGGUGGAGUGCUUCGACCCCCACACCAACAAGUGGAGCGGCUGCAGCCCCAUGGCCAAGCGGCGGGGUGGGGUGGGCGUGGCCACCUGGAAUGGCUUCCUGUAUGCCAUCGGGGGACACGACGCGGCCGCCUCCAGCCUGGCGUCCCGCCUCUCGGACUGCGUGGAGAGGUACGACCCCAAAACGAACAUGUGGACGGGCGUAGCUUCCAUGACCGUCAGCAGGGACGCUGUGGGGGUGUGUUUGCUGGGCGACCGGCUCUAUGCCGUGGGCGGCUACGACGGACAGUCCUACCUUGACGUCGUGGAGGCAUACGACCCACAGACCAAUGAGUGGACGCAGGUGGCGCCGCUGUGCUUGGGGAGGGCGGGCACCUGCGUCGUGGCCGUGAAGCUGUGACUGCCGCUGGACCUGCCAUGAUGGCCCUUGGACUUUCAGACUCUGUGGAUCCAAGGGGGGAUCCAGUGCCAAUUCUCCCACUGGUGUUCCCUCCCCAGGAGCUAAAGGGCAUUUUUCAGUGUUACCCCCCCCCCCCCCAUUAUCCCCCAUGUGUGAGGAGCUGGAUUCCUCUGAAGUCUGGAGAUCAGCCACAUCACUGCUCUGUGGAAAGCAGGAUAAGCUGCGUAAUUCCCCCCGUCCUUCUUGAAAUGGCCUCACCCCAGCCACUUGCAAUCACACACGUUUAUCCCCUCUGGGUUUUGUAAAUGUAAUUGAGUUUGUCACUGGUAUUCAUUCCACACAAUGCACAACCCAGUACAUAAUCACAGUGCCACCAGACAGGCAGGAGAUCAAAGUCUGGUCAUUUUUUCAGAGUUCUUUCAAUGGAACAGUCCAUUAAAUGGGGGGGGGGGUGCAUUUUCUGAAUUCGCUGAUUCACUGGGCAUAUACAGUUUAUGAAGUUCUUACCCACAAGGUUAUUCUUCCAUUUUUAUUAGGGUGACAUUUAAAUAAACAGAAAUAAAAGAAACAAACUGAGAUUAGAAAAAAGGGAAUGACUGCAAUCCAUCUGUGGCUGUCAGUUUGAGGGGCUGGAGAAAUGCAUCAGGAGGCGGGCAGAGAGGAGAAAUGCAUCAGGAGGAGGGCAGAGAGGAGAAAAGCAUCAUGAGGAGAGCAGAGAUGAGAAAUGCAUGAUGAGGAGGACAGAAAGGAGAAAUGCAUGAUGAGGAGGGCAGAAAGGAGAAAUGCAUCAGGAGGAUUGCAGAGAGGAGAAAUGCAUCAUGAGGAGGACAGAGAGGAGAAAUGCAUUGGGAGGAGGGCAGAGAGGAGAAAAGCAUCAUGAGGAGGACAGAGAGGAGAAAUGUACCAUGAGGAGGGCAGAGAGGAGAAAUGCAUCAGGAGGAGGGCAGAGAGGAGAAAUGCAUCAGGAGGAGGGCAGAGAGGAGAAAUGCAUCAGGAGGAGGGCAGUGAAUAGAAAUGCAUCAGGAGGAGGGCAGAGAGGAGAAAUACAUCAGGAGGAGGGCAGAGAGGAGAAAUGCAUCAUGAGGACAGAAAGGAGAAAUGCAUGAUGAGGAGGGCAGAGAGGAGAAAUGCAUCAGGAGGAGGGCAGAGAGGAGAAAUGCAUCAGGAGGAGGGCAGAGAGGAGAAAUGCAUCAGGAGGAGGGCAGUGAAUAGAAAUGCAUCAGGAGGAGGGCAGAGAGGAGAAAUACAUCAGGAGGAGGGCAGAGAGGAGAAAUGCAUCAUGAGGACAGAAAGGAGAAAUGCAUGAUGAGGAGGGCAGAGAGGAGAAAUGCAUCAGGAGGAGGGCAGAGAGGAGAAAUGCAUCAUGAGGAGGGCAGUGAAUAGAAAUGCAUCAGGAGGAGGGCAGAGAGGAGAAAUACAUCAGGAGGAGGGCAGAGAGGAGAAAUGCAUCAUGAGGACAGAAAGAAGAAAUGCAUGAUGAGGAGGGCAGAGAGGAGAAAUGCAUCAGGAGGAGGGCAGAGAGGAGAAAUGCAUCAUGAGGAGGACAGAGAGGAGAAAUGCAUUGGGAGGAGGGCAGAGAGGAGAAAUGGCAACAGAUUAAUAGAAUGUAUGUGACUGGAUGGAUAUAUCUGAGGCCCACAUGAUGAUUUGGUUUGGCGUGGCCCCGGGGGGAGGGGAGAUGUGUGUCUCUGUGCGGGGGGGCUGCAGGCCAGACGCUGUGCAGCUACCCCCCCCCCCCCCCAUGGGUUGUGCUGUAUCCCCAUUCAGGCUGGGUGGGUUAUCAGAUGGUGUUGAUGUUGCUGGUAAAAUGGAAAUGAUUCAUCCACCUUACAGCUCUCCAUCCCUAAACAACUGAAGAGUGACACCGUAGGAACACUGUACUGGGAGAUACUGGAAACCCAGUACGGGGAGGUACUGGAAACUCAGUACAGUAAUACCAGACCCUACACCAGUAAUUGGUUCCAAAAGGCAGGUCAGUCAAAAACGACGUAACAUGAAAACCCCCUAAAAAUGAUUUAGACCCUAUAAACAGGUAAAUAAGACAGUACUUUUAAAUCUAUAAGUGUUUAUUUCAUUUCAUACAUUACAAUGUACUAUUUUGCAUAUUGUAGCAUCACCUGACCCACGUCGGCUCGCAUAAACUGACUUAAGACAAUUUGACUUUUUUCCAUAUGCCGUAUUUCUUAACAAAAAAAAAAUGUAAAGUUGAAUUCGACAUAACACGAAUCUAUGUAUGAUGAGGUUUUACUGUACUGGGAGUUACUGAAAGCUCUGUACUGGUAGUCAGUUUAAGUCUGAAGAGCCGAAUUUGCCUGUGUGUGACUGCCACAGCUCUAAGGAAAGUGAACAUUCCCCCGGGAUAAGUGCCUGCAUCCAUGCCUGACUUUAGUAUCCGAGACACACUCACUCCUUACUUUGGUCAUCAGAAAACACCUUUACACCAUUGCUACAUUUCUCCUGUCACUGAAUUCUUACUUCAUUCUGCCUUUCCUGUCCCUCAUUUAUAAUCACGGAAACAUACAUGCUUAAGGACCUCUUGUGCAAAGGGACUUUGAGAUGAUCGCUGUGUGACACGUCUGAAGAAGAGCCCGUGUGACGUUUCCAUGGUGACCUAAGUCAUCCUGCGUGGGGUUUGAUUGAUGUACACACAGCGUGCAGGUACUGAGCUCAGACCCGACCCCUGCUUCCGGCUUGCAGAUCUGACCGUGUCGCUACAAGGUGACACUCAGCCACCUCUGCAGGUCGUACCCUAAGCGGCUGUUUCCUUAGAGAGACUGAUUUAUCAGCCUGAUGUGGGGGGGGGGGGGGGGCACCGCUUCUCCUGCAAAAAACACAAGCACCUUCUCCGGAACGAGGUCAGUGCUCUGCCUCGGACCAGCAAAAGAAGUUCUCAGCUUUCAGUAACGAGAUCCGUGGCUGAGCAGGCGGCCGGGCGCCUGCCCACUACGAUUGUUAUGCAGAAGAAGCCAGAAACCUUGCAGUUGUGUUCCAUCACCACUCUCAGAAUCGCAAAAUGCAAUAGUAACUGUACACUGUCAUUUACUGUAAGAGU